AUGGCUGAUUUCAUCAAGUGCUGGUUUUUCCCAUUAUUGUAUUGUGCUGACGGAAAAUUCGUAAUAAAUAGGUUGGUGGAUGGAGCGGGCAAUAUCAAACUUACCAAGGACGGAAAGGUGCUUUUAAGUGAGAUGCAAAUACAAAAUCCCACGGCUGCUAUGAUAGCUCGUGCUGCUACCGCUCAAGAUGAGAUCACCGGAGAUGGCACAACGUCUAUCGUGCUGCUCGUUGGAGAACUAAUGAGACAGUCGGAGAGAUAUAUAUCUGAAGGCCUGCAUCCUCGAAUUAUCACAGAAGGGUUUGAUCUUGCCCGGAAAGAAGCUUUAGAAUUUCUUGAUAAAUUCAAAGUCGAACGUCCAAUCGACCGCGAAUUGUUGAUCAAUGUUGCUCGUACUUCUCUCCGUACCAAAGUUCACUCUACCCUUGCCGAUGCGUUAACCGACGCUGUGGUUGAUGCUGUAUUGGCUAUUAAACGUGAAGGAGAACCGAUAGACUUGCAUAUGGUUGAGAUUAUGAAGAUGCAACACAAGACAGCAAUAGAUUCAAGACUAAUCCGUGGAUUAGUAAUGGAUCAUGGAGCGCGUCACCCCGAUAUGCCCAAGCGCGUUAAAGAUGCAUAUAUUUUGACUUUAAACGUUUCUUUGGAAUAUGAAAAAAGCGAGAUUAAUUCGGGAUUUUUUUACUCGUCGGCUGAACAACGGGAAAAGCUGGUCGAAUCGGAACGUAAAUUUACUGAUGAAAAAGUUAGAAAGAUUGUUGAAUUUAAGAAAGAGGUCGUUGGGGACUCGGGCAAAGGCUUUGUUGUGAUUAAUCAGAAGGGAAUCGAUCCAUUGUCUUUGGAUAUCCUAUGUAAAAAUGGCAUUCUGGCUCUAAGACGCGCUAAGAGAAGAAACAUGGAAAGAUUGCAACUUGUCUGCGGAGGUGUCGCCCAGAAUUCAGUUGAUGAUCUUACGCCUGAUGUGCUUGGCUAUGCCGGGCUUGUAUACGAACAUGUUCUUGGAGAAGAAAAGUUUACUUUCGUGGAAGAUGUCAAAGACCCUAAAUCAGUUACUCUCCUAAUAAAAGGCCCAAAUGCCCACACUAUUGCUCAGAUUAAUGAUGCUGUUCGUGAUGGUCUCCGAGCAGUCAAGAAUGCAAUAGAAGACGCUUCCGUAAUUCCUGGCGCAGGUGCAUUCCAAGUAGCUCUAUCGGCUCACUUGACAAAGUAUAAAGAUGGUGUAAAAGGUCUUGCAAAAAUGGGCGUCCAGGCAUUUGGGGAUGCGAUGUUGAUUAUUCCCAAGAUAUUAGCGCAAAACGCUGGACAUGAAGCACAAAAGACUAUGGUGGCAUUGCAGGAGGAGCAUGCUGAGGGCCAUAUUGUCGGCGUGGAUCUGAAGACUGGAGAAACUCUUGAUCCUGUUACGGAAGGCAUCUGGGAUAAUUAUCGGGUAGUGCGACAUAUGUUGCAUUCAUGCUCUGUGAUAGCCAGUAAUUUCUUGCUGGUAGAUGAAAUGAUGCGAGCUGGAAGAUCAAGUCUAAAGAAUGACAACGUUGGCAAUUAA